AUUUUUUUUUACAACCAUAAGAUUAUACACGCCUGCAGGAUGCGUAGUAAGAGAGAAAUGAGCACGAGGGGGACGGCAAGGGGUGCAGUAGCAGGGAACGACGGUGGUUUCAGACAGAGGCAAGGACACAGGAACAGGGUUGCAGGCUAUGGUUCACAAUUUUUCGGCUGGUCGAAGACAUUUUUCUUUUAUAAUUUUUCGGAGGAGCUGGAGACAAAAUUUCUAUGGAAUUGCUUUCAGAUGUAUGGCAAGGUGGUUGAUGUGUAUGUCCCGAACAAAGGAGAUAAGCGAGGGAAGAGAUUCGGAUUUGUGCGGAUGGCAGGGGUAAAGAAUGAGCUUCAAAUGGAAAGGCAGCUUGACACGAUGUGGAUUGGCUCGUAUAAGAUGAAAGUGAAGAUUGCAGAUGAUAGGCAAAGAAAACCAGCACAGUCCAGGAAGCUACAAGGAGCAUCGGCACCGGAGGAGACGAGUCGAAUGGCUUGGCUGCGUAUAUCGAGAGUGCCAUUAAAGGCAUGGGGUGAGAGGUGUUUUCAGAGGAUAGAGUCUAGGAGAAUUGCAACAAGAAUCAUAUUGAAGGUAGGUGAUCAGCAGUAUGAAAUAGAGAUAGCAGAGGAGGAGUGGCGGUCGGAUCUGGACUGGUGGUUGACGGAGAAUGAUUGGAAUAAUGAUCAGAAAACGGAGUCCGAUGACUCCUCGGUUGCGUGGAGUCAGAACGAAGACUUGGAAAUGGGUGUGGACGUGAUUGGUGACGGCGAUGAUGUGAGUUCUGAUUCAGUGCAUUUAAUGAAAGAUAUGGAUUUGAAUUCGAAUUUGAAGAUUGCAACGGGUAUGGAAAGCCGGAAUGAAAGUGAAACAGAGAGGGAGUUUGAAGGGGACGAAAGACAGGGGUGGGCUAAGGAACAUGGGCUUCAUAGGAUUAUUUCCUUUAAUGUGAGGGGUUUGGGUGGGAUGGUGAAGAGGAAGGAAGUGGGAAAGCUGGUUAGAGAGGAAAGGCCGGACUUUCUAUUCUUGCAGGAAACAAAGUUAGAGAGGAUUGAUGUGGGUAUGUGUAAAAUUUUAUGGAACUCUGAUGAGUUUGAAUGGGUUGCGAAGGCUUCAUCUGGAGCAUCAGGGGGUCUGCUAUGUCUAUGGGACAGACGAUAUUUUGUUAAACGGGAAGAGUUUACAGGUGAUGGGUAUGUGGGAGUAUCAAGGGAAUGGGGAGAAAAUAAACAACAGUGCAGCCUAAUAAAUGUGUACGGCCCAAAUGAUAGACAGAAGAGGGCUAAGUUGUGGGAGGAGCUGAGGAAGAGGAUGAUUGACAAGGAAGGGUGGUGGUUGAUCGUAGGGGAUUUUAAUGUUGUCAGAGGUCCUGAGGAGAGGCGAGGGAAAACAGGGGUGAGUUUUGAUAUGAGGGAUUUUGAGGAGUUCAUUGUGUCAACAGGACUGGUGGAUGUUAAAUUGAUGAAUAGACGCUAUACAUGGUAUAAGCCAGAUGGAACAGCAAUGAGCAGACUGGACAGAUUCUUGUUGAGUACUCAGAUGAAUAAUAUGGGAGGAGAAUGGAUACAGUGGGGGCUGCCAAGAAACAUUUUUUAUCAUUGUGCAAUGGUUUUGAAGUCCAAAUCAACAAAUUGGGGUCCAAGGCCUUUUAGAGUCUUGGAUUCAUGGCAACAACAUCCAGGAUUCAAGAAGGCUGUAGAAGAUAAGUGGAGAGAGAUGGCAGUGGAGGGGUUUGUAGGAUAUAAAUGCAAACAAAAGUUAAAAUUGUUAAAAGAGUUCUUAAAAGGAUGGAACAAGGAAGUUUUUGGAAACAUGGAAGCCCAGUAUGUACAGGUUGUUAAAAAAAUAGAGCAGGUUGAUAUGCAGAAUGAGGUAGCUGACCUGGAAGAACUUGAAAUUGUUAAAAGGCAAGAAGGCUUCUUUGAGAUGUGGGAUGUUUUGAGAAAAAGGGAACUAAUUUGGAGGCAGAAGUCAAGGAGCAGAUGGAUACGUGAGGGCGACGCGAAUACCCGUUUCUUCCAUAAGGUAGCUAACGGGAGAAGGGCUCAAAAUAAUAUUGCAGGUUUAAUGUGUGAUGGGGUGUGGAUUGAAGAUCUAGAAGCAGUCAAAAAUGAAGUUGUCAAAUAUUUCAGAAGUUUGUUCCAAGGUGACCCAUGGAAUAGACCCAAGCCCGAGGGUAUUAAAUUUCAAAAGAUUUCAGAGGAGAAAAAAGAAUGGCUAGAAAGACCUUUUUCGGUUGAAGAAAUUGAGGAAGGUUUAAGGAGCUGUGACGGUUCAAAGGCACCGGGAUUGGAUGGGUACAACUUCAAUUUUCUUAAAUUUACGUGGCAUUGCAUUAAGGAGGAUUUCAUUAGUUUUUUCUUGGAGUUUCAUCAGAAUGCAGUGGCGGAAGGAAUGCUACAUGGGAUCGAGAUUGGAAAGAAAGGGAUGACCGUGUCUUUACUUCAGUUCGCCGAUGAUACAAUAAUUAUGGGCAGAGUGGAUGCUGAGAAUAUUAGAAUGGUGAAGGGUGUGUUAAGAUGGUUUGAACUUAUGUCUGGUUUGCGGAUAAAUUUUAACAAGAGCAGUAUCUAUGGCUAUAAUGUGUCGGAGGGAUGGUUAAAGGGAUCAGCGGGUAUGUUACGAUGUGGAGUUGGUCGAGCACCCUUUCUUUACUUGGGAUUGCCUAUUGGCAGUAAAUCUGGAAGUAAGAAGAUGUGGGAGCCGAUGGUGAAUAAAUUUCGUGCAAAGCUUGCUGUCUGGAAGGCUACUACUCUUUCCUUUGGAGGCCGUCUCACCCUGCUGAAAUUGGUACUAUCUGCGUUACCCAUCUUUUAUAUGUCUCUGCUUUUAUUACCAAAGUUUGUUCGUGCGGAGUUGAUUAGUAUUCAAAGGAGAUUUAUAUGGGGUGGACCAGAUUUAAAUAAAAAGAUUUUAUGGGUGAAAUGGGAAUAUGUUUGUCGUGAUAAGGUGAAGGGGGGUUUAGGGGUACUAGAUUUGCUUAGGAAAAAUUGGGCAUUGUUAGGGAAGUGGUGGUAUAGGUUAGGGGAUGGGGUUGAGAACUUAUGGAAAAGGGUGGUGAGGGAAAAAUAUUAUGGAGGUCGAAGUGAGGUUGAUAUUACAGCGGUUGAGGGUUCGAGGGUGUCAAAGCUGUGGAGGGAUAUUAUUAGAAUGGGGGGUCAAUCUCCGAGAAUAAGGAAUAUGCUGGUGGAGGGAUUCAAGUGGGAAGUGGGCGAGGGAAAUAAGGUGGAUUUUUGGCAUGAGCGGUGGGUUGGGGAUAAAACUCUUAGGGACUUAUGUCCAAGAUUAUAUGCAGUAUCGGUUAAGAAGGAAGGAAAGGUUUCUGAAAUGGGAAGCUGGAAUGAGGAUGGAUGGUGUUGGCGUGUUGAGUGGAGGAGAGGUACUAUAGGGCGUGAGAAGGAUGAGGAGGUGGUGAUGGAGAAGGUGCUGGAGGGUGUUCAAGUGAAGGAGGGAGUUGGGGAUGUUUGGAAGUGGAGGCUUGUGAUGGAUGGCAGAUAUGUUGUCAAGAUAGCCUACAAAUAUUUAGAUUAUAUGGUAGGUGAACUGGAGGACCAGAUGUGUAAAUUAAUAUGGUGCAGGUUGGUGCCAUCCAAAGUUGCCUUUUUUGGGUGGCGAUUGUGCUUCAAUAGGCUUCCAACUAAGGAAAAUCUUCAAAAAUGUGGGGUGUAAUUGCAGGAGGAAGGUAGUUACUGUGAAUUUUGUAGUGGGAUAGUGGAGGAGGCUAAUCACUUAUUUUGUAAAUGUUAUAAAGCGUGGAUAGUGUGGGUAGAGGUGUUGAAAUGGUGGGGUUUGGAAAGUGUUUUGCCCAAUACAGUUAUGGGAGUGGCAGAUCUUUUCAUAAAUGAGUUGGGCAGAA